AUGAAACUUCUGAGCUACAUCAAGCAAUGGAAAUCCGCCGCUCGAGAAGCCGUAGCGCAAGCUUCAAUCGCCGCCCAAUUCCUUUCCUUCAUUCACAUCACCGACGACUACCUCUGCUCCACAACUCUCGUUCAAGGCCCCAGCAUGCUCCCGAGUCCCGACAUUGAAUUACUCCGGCGACGUGGUCUUGAUCGAACACCUGUCCCAUCGAUUGGGGAAGGUUCCAAAAGGCCACGUCUGGAUUCAGGGGGGACAAUGUCUAUGCUUCUGCUGAUUCCAGAUACUUUGGUGCUGUUCCUUAUGGUUUGAUUCAAGGGAGAGCAUUUCUAAGGGUUUGGCCAAUUGGAGACUUCGGCUAUUUGUGAUGAACACAGAUACUGAAAGUGAGAGACAGUCAUCAGAUUCCGGGCACAGGGAUACUCUGCCUAUUGGCUUCGCUACAACAAGCUGUCUGUCCCGAGCUGGAUUAAUCCACGCAAAUCUUUCCAUUUCCAGAAGCAACGCAAGCAACUGAUCCAUCUGUACCUCUUGUGGACAUGCUGAUCACACGACACCACUGAAGUUUUGCUAGAACUAGAAUGAUCCCAGCUGUGUGGCAGUCUAUCAGCAGCCUGACUGGCUCGUCGCUGUCGCGUCAGUAAUGAGGAUCAGUGGCAUUCAACCCCCCCAAAUCAAUGCUGUUCUUUAUGAAAGUUGGCCAUGCUUGUUGAUUCCCCACGUUCUAAAUAAAGAUGGAUGGACAGUCUGUCUGUCUAUAGCAAUGGCGGUAUGGCCUAGCAUUUGAGUGGUGUUUGCUUAAUGACAUUUCCAUUUCAGUCACUCAAAAAUCAUUUCACCUCCUGACCUGCUCCAACAGAGACCUUUCGAGUAGAUAAGAUAAUGUGUCUUGCAUCUAUCAUAUAUUUGGUGGAGACAUUAAGCCAAGUGGUUGUUAGUUUGGUUAACAUUGAUGCCAUCAAUUCUCUCAAUCGUUAACACUAGAACUUAGUUUUUACUAGGGCUGGGAAACGGUGUGGACUGUCCAGACCACACCAUAUAGACCAGAGACCAGAUCACAUACUAUACGGUCUAGACCAGACAACGCCUGUGCGGUCUGGUCUAGAUAGACCACAAUGAACGAAAAAUGAAC